AUGCAUUUGUGUGAUUCUGUGUGUAUUUGUGUGUGUGUAACAUUGUGCGUGUGCCCCAGCGUGUUCUGUUUUAUGUAUUUCUAGUCACACACACACACACACGCAUACAUACAAACACACAUACAUACACGCAUACAUACACACAAACAUACAUACGCACGCACACACACACACAGCCAUUAUCGCCCAUAUACACCUAAAUACAUUCAUACAUUGUGCAAGUGAGGGUUUCACUAUUCAACUCAUCGACAAGAGAGUGCGUGUGUGUGUGUGUGUGUGUGUGUGUGUGUGUGUGCGUGUGUGUGUGCAUAUGUGUGUGUGUGUGUGUGUGUGUGAUUGAUUGCGCACGCACUCUACGGUGUAGUUCACUUUUCCCCUCCUUCACCGAUUUCUAAGCAAAUGUCGCCUUCAACAUGAACUAAAUGAAAAUAAAGAAAUAAAAAUUUCGUUACGGAAAUUGCCGAAGAUUUAAACCAUCAACGAAACAUUGCCGAAAUUUUGAAAGCCAAAUAAGGGAAGAAUGACUUUUUAUUGAUAUUGAACACCGCGCAUCUGAACGUUUAACCCUCUUACCUAUGAGUUCAGCCUUCAGAUAUCUUUUCCUGUAACCCUUUAAGGUGUGGGAUCCUUAAAUAGAAACGCAGAUUCUUAGGGUGAGAAUUUCUGAUGCAUGUGCAUAUUUUGAGUUGGAAGCCAGGAGUUGGAUUUCGUUAACGCAUGCGCAUUGAUAGCAAUCUGAGAGGACAGAAAUAAUAUAUUAUACACGGAACUAGCUUCAGUUCAUCACAUUGUUACAUUGACUACUAUGGACGCUGGAAGUGCAAACGUUAGACCAGGCGUUCAGCCUCCUUCACCAUUUGAUCUCAGUGAAUAUUCCGCCAAUUAUGAUAUGGAUGCUAAAAAGGAACGUGUAGCCUACAUCUUCAACAACAAAAAGUUCAUAAAGCUUGGAAAUCGUGAAAGCUCAUCAAAAGACACAAGAGAUUUUAAAGCGGCAUUAAUAGAACUUGGAUUUUCUGAAGGGGAUAUCACAGUUAAGCAAGAUAAUACAGCCGACGAAAUGCUCAAUGCUUUCAAAGGGUUUAAAGAUAAACGUUAUAUCAAUAUUGGUUGCUUUAUUUGUGCAAUUAUGAGCCAUGGUGGUGAAAACGAGAUGAUAUCUGGAUCGGACGAACAGGAGGUUGGGCUACAUGAAUUGCUUUCUUACCUGACACCCGAGAAGUGUCCAUCUUUAAGCGGAGUACCUAAAUUAAUUUUUGUUCAAGCAUGUCGUGGAAAAAAGAAAGAUGAAGGAGUCCACGUACCUGAUGGACUUGAAACAGAAGUUAAUGAAACGUUAAUCAAUAUUCCAAUUAUGCCAGAUCUGUUGGUUUUUCAUUCAUCGUAUAAUGAACAUACGUCAUACAGGCAUUCAAAACAGGGUUCGAAAUAUAUGCAAGCUUUAAGUAAGUUUUUGAUUGAAUAUGGCACUAAAUAUGAAAUCUUGACACUUUUAACCGCUGUCUCUAACUAUGUUGCUUCUUCUGAAUUCGACACUGAAGACAAAAAGGGCAUGAAACAAAUGCCUCAGAUUAUGUCGACAUUGCUCAAACAACUAAAGUUUGAACCGAGGAGCAAAAAAGAAGAAGAAAAAGAAGAAAAAAAAAAGAAGAAUCUAAUCUGUCUUUUAUUCUCGAGCGGUGUGCUAAUGAGUAUUUUGCUUAAACUUGCGGUACUGAGAUGGGCUUGAUACAAUGAAUUAAAAACAACGUUUAAACCUUUUGCUUAUGAAUUCAGACAUCAGAUGUUUUUUUGAAAAAACAAUUAGUUUGUGGUUACAACCAAACACCGCCAAACUUGAUUUGGUUUCAGAAAUAUCAUCUAAUAAGAUGUUUCACUAACGCUAUUUCCUACCAUAAAUUUUACUAAUGACACCAUUGCUUUCUAGGAACAUUUUAAAUUUCAAAAUAACUCUUCCCUCUGGAAAUUGAACAAACAUUCUUUUAUAUACGAUUAAAUAUGAACAACAUUAAUAUGCAGGCUAUUUUAUUCAUGUGCUUUCAUAUAUCGCUGGAUUCGUUAAAGUUUCUGCCAAAGAGAAAUUGUUUUUCUUUCUUUCUCACGGCGUUAUUCUAUCUCAGCAGCAUUGCUUAAUGCUUUUCCAAUUCUUCUGCUAAUUUUUAA